CGUGGUUCCCGUUCCCCUAAGAAUACGGAGAUAAUAUAUAGCCUUUAUUAUUUGUUUGUUAUACUUUAAAUUAAUAUAAAUUAUUAGCUGACGCCGCGUGGUUUCACCCGCGAGGUUCCCGUUCCUGUAGGAAUACGGGGAUAAAAUAGCCUUCAGCCUUCCUCGAUAAGUGGGCUAUCUAACACUGAAAGAAUUUUUCAAAUCGGACCUGUAGUUCCUGAGAUUAGUGCGUUCAACCAAACAAACAAACUCUUCAGCUUUGUAAUAUUAGUAUAGUAGGCCAGCGUUUAACUGCAGUUAAUGAUGUAGCCAAAGAAACUUGUCUCAAACGUAUUUCAAACGGUGAAGGAAAAACAUCGUGAGAAAACCUGCAUACCAGAGAUUUUUAAAAAAAAAUUACAUAUCAUAUCUAAUUUCUUAAAAUGCACACAACUGACAAGUUGGAGGUCCUGCCCCGGAUUCGAACCCGCACCGUCCGGAAUCGGAAACAGGGGUCAUAUCCACUGGACUUUCGCAGCUCUAAAACUUUAUAACUUAAAAGCUUUUAAUUUCUAUGGAUCUACAGUCCAAUUGAAACUUUUAUCAUUAAGUGCCUCAAAGUAUACUCAUAGUUUAUCCAGAAAGUGCUUAAGAUAAUUUUCUCUAUGAGUCAUACAGAAAUUUAUAAAGCACUUUCAUCUUAUCAAGUAAGAUGGUCCUCUUUUAAAUCACCAUUUACUUAUUGGUUAAUAGAUCCCCAUGAAAAAAAAUGUUUAAUGGUUUAACUCACACAUUUUUAUCGCCGCACAUAACACAUGCAAGCAAUAACAAGUAAUGAGUGGUGCUUAAAAUGAAUGUAGCCGAAUAAAACAUUCACAGUAAUAUCGGAGAUAUUCCUAUCGGCCGUUACACUCGCCUGCUUUUUGAGUGCAUCGAUAGUGUUGGAACUUAUAAAAGUUUUGAUGUAACGUAUCUAGUUAUUUUUAACUCUCGACGCAAAAAGGUGUGUUAUAAAUUUGACGUGGAUGUGUGUCCGAUUUGGAUGUGGUUUUUUUUUUUUAAUUUUUUUCAUUUUCAGUUUAAUUGCGAUGGUUUUUUGCUAUGUUAGGUUAAUAUCGGACCAGCAAAGAAUAUCAGCUCUUUUAUAAAAUGAUGUUGUUAAGGCAUUUUUAACCCCCGAUGUAACUAGAAUUCCGAUAACCGUAUUAUAUUCGCGGGUUAAACUAAGUAAGUACCUAUCUACUUACAUUUAGUUGCAAUCAAUUUCUAAAGUGAGAUGUGUAUGACAUCAUGCCGAUCGCGACCAACACUCGAUGAAUUUUAUAGGACGUCAAGCCGUUAGCGCUGCAGGCAUGUGAGAUUACUUGAUUGUCAGUGGCUGACAUAAUUAACUUCCGACAUUUUUGUUUUCAUAGCUAAUGCUCGCCACCUCGCUCGAUAUACCUACAUGCCUGCAGCUGAUAUGACGUUGCCAGUAAAACUCAUCGUGUGUUUGUCGCGAAAUGCAUGAAUGCUCGACUUAAAGCAAGUACUAGGUACAAUCUUUAUUGUAUAUAGGUAAAUUAAAUAUGCAAUUUUAAUAUGUCAUUAAUUAUUAUUAUUAGUCGUUUUUCCAGUCAUAUCUACAUUGCAGACUAAUAACGCGCAUAUACAUACAUAAAUAUCUACCUACUUAUUUCGAUAUUUCCAUUUGAUGACCUGACUUACAGCUGGCUACCCGUUAGCGUUGGUUUUUGUAGGUCCUCGGACCUUGGUACCGUCAGUCGUCUGUUCUUGUUAACUUAGGACGCCGGCCUGACAAAAGUAAAUCGAGAUGAACGGGAAUACCUUUAUAGAUGCUCCGUGUUUCAAGACGACAGUGAACGUGGUACCAAUAGUUUCGUCGCUGGAGUUAGGCGAGGCGCCACACUGGGACCCGUGGCACCAGGCUCUGUUCUUCGUCAACAUCCUGCAGGGCUACAUACACAAAUAUGAGCUGGCCACCAAGAGACACACCAAGACCAAACUUGCUGGUCGGGUCGGAUUCAUAGUACCGGUGGAAGGUACGCGGGACCAGUACGUGGUGGGAGUGGAGCGUACUUUCGUAGUGGUACGCUGGGACGGCGAGGAGGGCAGCCCCGCUAGCGUGGUACGCGAGCUAGCCACUGUAGAUAAAGACGUGAUGACCACAGCUAUUAACGACGGAAAGGCAGAUCCGAGGGGAAGGCUCUAUGCAGGUACAAUGAGCGACAAGCCAAUUGGAACAUUACUACAGCAGCAGGCAGCAGGGCUGGGUUCGUUCUACCGACUCGACGACAACGGCAUCACUAAGCUGGAUGAUGGUAUUGGCAUCUCCAACGGAUUGGCGUGGGACUUGAAGAAGAGAGCCAUGUACUAUACCGACAGCUUGGAGUUCAAGAUACGGAAAUACGACUAUGAUGUCGAGACGGGAGAAAUAUCAAACCCCAAAUACAUAUUCGACAUAUCAAACAACAGUUUAGGGGCAGUGCAAGACGGUACCACCAUCGACUCUAAUGGCAAUCUAUGGGUGGCUCUGCUAAAGGGUUACGGCGUGAUUCAAAUCGACCCCAAUGGUAAAAUUCUGCAGAGAGUCGACAUACCAGCGCGGCAAGUCACCUCCGUUGCCUUCGGAGGCCCUAACUACGACAUACUGUUUGUGACCACCGGCUGUAUGGAUCUAAAUGACGGGGUCAUACAACAAGGCUCGUGUUGUGGGUGUACCUUCAUGGUGACAGGGUUGGGCGUUAAGGGAUUACCGGCAGACAAUUUCAGGCUCAGUGAUAGGUUUAAGCCUGGCCCCACAAAGGGAUCUAAGGCUGGAAGAGGAGACAAAAAGGAAAAGAUUAACAAAGAUGGCUAAGACUUACUGAAGCUAUUAACGGCUAAUGCUAAGCUGUAAACCGUUAAAACCGUUGUAUAAAAUUUUCAAGAUUAUUUUAAAAAUUCUAACUGUUUGGAUAUUUUAUGUUAAUUACAUUAUUAAUGUCAGUGUACCUAUGCAUAUGCACCUAGAGAAGUCACUGGCCCUUCAGACACGGGCUUACCUAGUUUCAGGGUCAGGACGUCAUUGUAAUGUGUAUGAGUUUUUUCAAAUAAACAAUUCUUACUCUUAUUUAUCUAAGUUAGAAUGUACUGUUUGUGACACUAAAAAUGAAUAAACUUAUUUUCUUUCUUUCUAUUAGCUACCUACAAGUUGACUAAAUCCAAACAUUUUUAAAUACAUUUUUGGUAAAAAUAUAAAAUUUUAUAUAUAUCAGUACAAAAGCGCAAAUAUUAUUCAAAUGGUAGGUGCUCAAACCUUCGUAAAUAUCGAGCCACAUCUGGAAGGUGUACCUACUAAAGAUACAGCAUUAUAAGAUAUAAAGUAUUAUAUUCCCUAAUUGCAGUAAAACUUAUUUAUUAUUUGAAUUUUAAAAAUUGAAAUAGAUUGAAUGAAAAUUAUAAACCAAAAUAAAUGCACAGAAUUAUUAUUAUC